AUGAGCGCAGUUUGCGAAUCGACUUCUGAGGAAGAUUCCGGUAAACAUGCGAAAAAGGAGAAGAAGCAGAAUCGCUGCAUUGCCAAUGUUACGAAAAUCCUGACUUCUUUUAUGCCAAUUCUCGAUUGGCUUCCGAAUUAUAAAUGGAAGGAGUAUUUCCAUGGGGACUUGAUCGGAGGUUUGACCGUGGGCAUAAUGCAUGUGCCACAAGGAAUGGCCUAUGCAAGUUUGGCUGGUGUUCCUCCAGUGUACGGCAUGUAUUCGUCGUUCUUCGCAUCCACAGUAUACAUGUUCUUCGGCACCGCUAGGCAUGUUUCUAUAGGUGUAUUCGCUGUCGCUUCCCUGAUGGUUGGCGCCUGCUUGAUUCGGCUAAAUCCGGAUCCUGAAAAUAUAAUUGGGAAUUCAACAUCUCCGCUUGCGGAUGUGGGGACAUUGGAGUUGACUAGCGCUUUAACGCUGGUUGUAGGUAUCGUUCAGAUCCUCUUCGGAGUCCUUCGCCUCGGCUUUCUCACUACCUAUCUCUCUGAUCCGUUGAUUUGUGGAUUCACGACCGGUUCAGCAGCUCAUGUUUUGGUUGCACAGUUGAACAAGGUGUUGGGAGUGAAGCUGCCGCGUCACGAGGGCACUGGAAUGCUCCUGAUGAUGGUUCGAGAUCUGAUCUAUUCCAUACCGUCGGCCAACAUUACUGCUGUUCUCAUAUCUGUGAUAGGAAUUCUGUUUUUGGAUCUUGGGAGGACAUACAUAAAACCAUGGGUGUUGCGUUUCUCACCUAUUCCUCCGCCGCUUGAGCUAAUUUUAGUAAUAAUCGGCGUAAUCGUUUCUGUAACGAUGAAUUUACAUGAAAAAUAUCAUAUUUCCAUUGUAAAUACCAUUCCAAGAGGAUUCCCGACACCUUCGCUUCCGAAUACGUCACUCGUUCCUUAUUUGAUUUCUGACGGAAUUGCUAUCGCUGUGAUUUGCUACAUGUUUGUGAUGUCGAUGGGGAAACUUUUCGCAAAAAAACACAGGUAUAAGACGAAUGCCACUCAGGAAUUUUACGCAGUUGGUAUUAUGUCGGUGAUCUCAUCAUUUUUCCCUGUUUAUCCGGCUGGGGCUUCGUUGUCCAGAUCUUCUGUAUGCGAGAUGUCCGGAGCAAAUACUCAGCUCUACACUGUGUUCUCGUCUGCUCUUCUUUUAACGGUCAUUCUUUUUUUGGGUCCAUUACUUGAACCUCUUCCUAUGUGCAUUCUUGCUUGUAUAGUAAUUGUGAGUUUGAAAAGCCUCUUCCUUCAAGUCAAGGAAUUGCCGAGGUAUUGGAGAAUCUGCAAAUAUGAUUUUGCUAUUUGGAUUGUGGCGUGCCUGACCACCGUUUUUACCGACGUCACUAAAGGACUCGCCAUUUCCCUUUCUUUUACCCUGCUGACAGUUGUGCUCAGAGAACAGUGGCCACACUUUGCCGCCUGUCGUACGGACAACGUCCCCCCGCAGAACAUCCCUCAAGGGGUAUCCGUUCUGAAGUUCGAAUCUCCACUGCACUUCGCUAACGUUGGAUUGUUCAGUGAUAGGAUCUCGGAUCUGAUCGCGUCCGUAAAGGAUGAGGAUAUCAGUUCUUCUGUGCCUCAAGUUUUAGCGUCUUCUCAGAAGACGGACAUAAGCAUGGUUUCUCGUUCAGCGCUGCUCACGGACAAAGGGAUUAUCGUAGAUUGCUCGGCGAUGUCUUUUGUGGAUAGCAUGGGAUUAGAGGCAUUGAAAACGCUUUAUAACGAUGCCAAGAAAAUCAACAUCCCUCUACUGUAUUGUGGACUGAACGACUCUGUGCUUAACGUGAUCGAAAACGACGAGAUAUUGCGAACCUCGAUUCCACAGUCGAUUCUUCGACCAUCAUUAAAUGAUGGUAUUUUACAUUUAUCUACCCUUCAGAAUAUCUAG